AUGACCCGUCUCCUAGGCAAAGUAGCCCUCAUAACCGGUUCCUCCUCCGGAAUGGGUAGGGCCAUUGCCCUCCGCUACGCAAAGGAGGGUGCACACGUCGUCUGCGCAGACAUAUCGCCAACUGCUCGACCCAUAGUCCCCGAAGAGGUCAAGAUAACCACCCACGAUGCUAUCAUCGAAGCAGGCGGACGAGCCAUUUACGUUCAAACAGACGUUGGUGAAGCCCAACAAAUGGAACGAGCGGUACAAACAGCAGUAGCGGAGUACGGUCGACUGGAUAUUUUAGUCAACAACGCCGGAAUUGCCACAGAGGCCUGGACUCCAAGUCGAGUCCACGAAACAGAUGAGCUCGUCUGGGACACGAUCCUACGGGUGAACACGAAGUCGGUCUUCCUUGGCUGCAAGUAUGCAAUUGCGCAGAUGUUAAAACAGGAGCCUCAUUCUUCGGGUGAUAGGGGCUGGGUUAUUAACCUAGGCUCUGUAUGGGGGUUGGUGGGAGCGCUGGGUGCUCCGGCUUAUUGCGCGUCUAAAGGAGCUAUUGUCAAUUUGACUAGGCAGAUGGCGCUGGAUUAUGCCCCUGAUCGGAUUCAUGUGAAUGCUAUUUGUCCUGGAGCUAUUUACACAGCUAUGGUGCGCUAUCUCGAGGAAGUUUCACCAUCUGCAAUAGAGUCGCUACGUCAGAAGCAGCCCUUUAAGGGGGUUGGGUAUCCAGAUGAUAUCGCCCGGAUGGCGGUGGUGCUGGCUAGCGAUGAUGCCAGCUUGGUGACGGGGGUUGCUUUGCCAGUUGAUGGGGGAUACACUGCGCACUAG